AUGGCCGAGCCCCAUCCUCCCAAGCCAGCUGUCAGCGUUGUAAAGGACAAGGCGCCAGAUCUGCCCUUUGCAAAACUCGUCAAACUGCGAUUCAAGCACGAUGCCAUCUUAACCGUCCAUGCGUUCAUCCUCCAAUUGAAGCACUUCCCAAAGCCCCAAAACCAGGCAAACGAUCCGCUCGAUGUGAUCGAUUUCAGCUACACGUCCGCUGAAGCCGGACAUGUUCUGAGUCACUACCUGUACAGUCGUACAUGCGACUUUCCAGUGCCUCUAGGAAAUUGCAAGACUGUCGCGGACUACCUCAGCACCGCUCUGGAGCUCCACAUCCUCGCGACACAGUACAAGCUCGAGGCGCUGCUCAACUCUGUGAAAGCUAGAGUUAUCGAGUUCACCAAUAAGAUGCAGCACAAGGAGGUGUUCAAAACAAUCCAUGACUGCUAUACCAACGCGGAUCCAGGUCUCGAUACGAAGUCAUACCUGCGUGACAUCCUCAAGCUGUAUUUAGACAAACAACAUGGUCUGUGGAACUCUGCGGUCUGGGACAUUGUUGAUCAGAUCGGUGUUCACGACGACGCCAGCAGAAGAGCCAUUCCCAUCAAGGAGACAGUGCUCAGCAUCUUGCUCGAGCUGGCGUUGGAAAAAAAGGCCACCGAGGUUCAGGAGCUGCGACGGGUCAUUGCAGAAAAGGAUGCCACCAUUGGCGAGUUGGAAGACAAGAAGCCGUCUGCGUUCCUUGCAAAGCCGACCCAGCCACUAUUUGGUUCGGCGUCAUUUGGUAGUCCACAGUCAACCUUUGGCAUCGCUGCCCAGAGCAGCCGAUUUGGUGCGCAGAACGCCUCGUUUGGUGCUUCCCCGGGCACGCCGAGACCUCAAGGCAGCGCAUUUGGGGCUCCGAACGUCACAAAGGCAAAGGGUGCUCCGCUCGGCAUGCCAGAGACAAGUCCGUCGGAUUUGCCCAACAUUAGCCAAAGCCCUGUGAUGGCGCCCUCCACGACAGACAGCUCCAUCAUGACCCAGUUGGACACCCCUGGGAGCGAGCUGACAGAGCGCGCCGAGCAGACCAUCAUAUGCAACAGGUCAGCGCGCUAUGAUACAACACUUUCGAUGGCCUUUAAGGAUGGCAAGAUACUCCAAGCGCACAGCUUCAUCCUCUCCAAGCUCACGGGCUUACCCUGCGACGUCGAGGGCGACCAACCUCUGCCCAUGCCCGUCCACCUCAACAUCUCCUCACAGGCUGGUCAUAUCCUUGUGCACUACCUCUACAGCGGGGACCUCGAUCUGGACAGUCUUCCAGAGGAUAACGGCUUUGCCGCCCUCGCCUCCCGGCUCGCACAACAAGCCGACGCCAGCACACUACCUGCGACACCUGCAGCAAACAGUAUCGACGCUGCCAAGCUCGUCGUUCUCUUUGAGCUGGCAGCCAAGUCUACAGAGAUCCAUGACCUAGAACUGUUCGACCUGGUGAUCUUCCCAAUGUACGGGCUCAUAUUUUCCCACCUCGGCUUCGUGGCAGUUCUCGAAUGCAUGCGGCGCGCGUUUGCCUGUGGCAUCGACGAUGUGUCUGCCGGAGAAUGGAUCCAGCGCCUCGCCCGCGAGCUGGUCAGCGACUUUAGAAACGACUUUGCGCACCAGUGGGAUGAGGUACGCGCCUUCUCGCGCUCGCUGAUCAGCUCGACCCCACUACUGGGCACCAACAAGAGCUCCAGCGUGGUCGACACGAUGAUCCUCAAAGCACUGCUCGAGGCAGAAAUGGAUGCCACCGACGCGAGAAGCCGAGCCGCCUCCCAACCCGAGAGGGUCACCCUUGCCACCAGCAGCGAGGCCGAGGCCUUCAUCUGCAGCAGCUGCGCCGCGGCACUCGAUGUCAUCAACGGCCGAGGGCCAGCGCAGCUGGACGACAAGGUAUCACAGCUUCGAAGUAUUGUCGCCGAGGCUCGUGGAAUUCUCAGUAGAGCAUACCGGGUACCCAUUGGUGUCCGCAAAGCCCCGUGGGUGGCGGACAAGAGCCGGCUACAGGAGAUCACCUACUUGCUGGAGGAGUUCAUCUUUGACGUGGACAGCCCUGCUGGUGCCAAAGCUUCGAUUGCGCUUCACAGCAAGUGA